CCAGAACGGUCACGGGGUGGUGCUGUCUCGGUGCAUUGAACGUGUGUUGUCGGUGCUCGGUUGUGGCACUGGGUGGAGCGCGCGCCUCCCCGUUCCGUUCUGCUCCAGGAUUUGACGUGUCGUCUGUGUUUUUUCUGCACUUCCUGCUUCCUCCGUGACUGUUUUGAGCCAGCAGUCCCGUCCGAAAGCUGAUCGGUAGGAAUCGUUAAACGUGGCAAUGGUGUGAAGGUGCGCGAUCGGCGGCGGUGUGUGUGAUCGUGAGUGAAGCCCGAGCUGUUAUUGCUGUCAGCCAUGCAGUUCUCUCCCACCAACGGAGAUUUUACCUUCGUCUCCUCGACGGACGCUGAAGAGCUCAGUGGCACCAUCGAUGCACCAGAUAUCACACUAAGUAUGGGCCCUGAUUCCACCAGGGACACUUACGCCACCACCUUCCUAAAACAGAGAGGUUAUGGAUGGUUGCUGGAGGUGGAGGAAGAGGAUUCCGAGGACACUAAACCGCUCCUGGAGGAGUUGGACAUUGAUUUAAAGGACAUCUACUACAAGAUCAGGUGUGUGUUGAUGCCCAUGCCCUCGCUGGGUUUUAAUAGACAGGUGGUGAGGGACAAUCCUGAUUUCUGGGGCCCGCUGGCUGUUGUCCUGCUCUUCUCCAUGAUCUCCAUCUAUGGACAGUUUAGGGUGAGAAUUGAGUCUUUGUAUCUUGACCAUGAGCAGUAUUUUAUAUGUGUAGUGAAGAUGCAUGUGCACAUAGAGCUACCAUCAAAAUCCAAAAUAGAUUGCCAUGGACUGUAGGCUUAUGACAAGGUU